AUGUCAUCUACCGUCGAUGUGCAAACAACUAUUAAGGCCACUCAUUGGCUGAACUAUGUUUUCGCAAUCCCAAUGAUCAUCUUUGGACUCAUCGGAUCAAUCUUAACAGCUUUAGUUUUUGCCAGACGCCGAGCAUUUUGGCAAAAUCCAAUCAUCACAACAAUUCAUCGUCUGAUUGUUCUUGCGAAUGGAUUUGGAAUAGUUUUAUGCUGCUCUGAAGAACCGUUUCCAUAA